UUUACCUACUUUUUUUUGUCUUAUGUGAAAAUACUCAUCACGCGCACAAUCAGGCCCAAGCUCCGUUUCUACUAGAACAACGACUACAAAAACACUCAAGCUAAGAAACGCGACAAGCUAAAGAUGUCGUCCGACAACAUGAAAACGAUCUUCGAGUCACGUUUCACUAUCGCAAACACCUCUUUGCAUUCCGUCGUAGCCUUCCACCAAAAUGACGUCGUCGCGGCGUUUCCGCAACUCGCCCCACCCCUCACGCCGGUGGAAUUCGAACCUCCCCUCGUGCACAAAAUGGAAGAAAACGCUCUGUUGAAGUUCACGCUCUGGAUCGGUUACUGUCUCCUCCCCGUGCGCUGGGUGGCGAGGCAUUUCGAAGUUUCGGAGAACGGGUUCACGGACGAGGUGGUGAGAGGGCCCGUGAAAUACUGGAGACACCGGCACGCGUUUCGGGUGGUGGAUAAAGUUGGUAGCGGACAGCGGGGAGAUCCGUCAGUUCCAAUUGCUCCUUCAUCCGCACGCGCAUCACAAAUCGUGGAAGUGCACGACAAGAUUGAGUACGAGCAUUUUCUAUGAAAUGUAAAGAUGUCUGGGUCUGGUGGAAGAAUGCAACUUGUGAUGCUGAAUUUGCAUUCCAGAAAAAUCUGUAUUGCAUGAGCAGCAAAGGGAAUGCAAUUUUUGCUACGCGGAGAGGGCAUUUGUCAUGCGGAAUAGGCAUCGCGAAGCCCUCAAAAAACCUGCGUUGCUAGGGCAUGCAUCACAGACAUCAUGGCCAAUGCAAAACAUGCAUGACAGGUCUCAGAAUCUUCCAGACCCAGACACUUUUACACUUGAUAUUUUCCGUUGCUCUCCUACGAGGGAAUUGUGGGAAGGUUGCUGAUCAACAGAGUGAGCCUGUUCAUGCUGUUCAAGUGGCGCGGGUAUGCGACGAGACGGGCGAUUUUAGACGUUGAAGGAGAUAUUCACCACGGAAAUGAAUCAGCACUGGAGAAGCCGUUGCUUGCGAAGAAGUGAUUUGGAAUUGGAUCUGUGCCGCGAAGGCUGUGAUGUCGGAUAAAAAGCUUAAGUGUGCGUACUCCGCUGCUGCAGGAUGAUGAUCAAUUUGAUUCUUCAUUAUUUCUUCGACCUCCGCAGGAUCAUAUGGACAGGUUCAUUCACAGGUGAGAAAGAACGGAAGUGAUGAGCUUGAGCGUUCAUCUCGAAUUUGAACUUAUCUUGGGAUCCGAGGUGGUGAAGAUCUUGAUAUUAGACCACAAGCACAACAACUGAAGACCAAGAUGACUCCAAUGAACAUUUGGUUUUGGAUGAGUGCCAAGUUUCAACAACAACUUCUCCUAAGGACCUCGACUAAGACCCGACGAC